AUGACCUCCCACAUGAAGUUGCCAUUGCCAUCUCGCAACUUCCCCAGGUCCACCGACACCACACCUCGCUCCCUGCGCUCCCCUGGUGGACAAUCUCCAUGCGAGGCCUACUUCAACGGUGGCAUGGGUCUCUCCCCGAUGUCGGCGUACUUCGAGGGUCCUCAGCCGCAGCACUUCUUCGCGCCACAGCCCGGACCCGGACCCGUGGCCGAGCCGAUGCCCUCGGAGCAGCCGGCGACCUCUCUGGAAUCGCCCACACAGGCUCCAAAGAACACGCCAAAUGCACAAGUGAACCACAAUAAGAUGCAAAUGGGAGUGCAGCAUUCCAUGCCCUUCGUCACCUAUCCGACCACUCAAGGUAUGCCAUGGCCGGUGUCGUCGCAAGCAAACAUCUCGAUUCCAACAACCACCGGGCCUACCUUGCUGCAGGGUGCCGCCGCAUCGGUGCAAAAGGCUGCUCAGGCACCUCAAGUGCCACCGAAGCCCGUGCAACAGUCGCGUCGCGUGGACACCAGGUCCCCAUCAAACCGUGCCAGUUGCCCGGCGGCGGUCUACGUAGACCUGUCCUCUCUCCGCGAGAAGAAAUAG